UCGCUUUUUCCUGAAAGCUGUUCACGUGAUUGAAGAGUAAUUUUCGCUUGAGGUUAGAGGACAGUUUUGGUGAAGAAGAUGGGGACAUCACUUGAUAUUAGGUUAAAACGUGCAAAUAAAAUCUACCAUGAAGGGGAGAUUGUUUCUGGAGUGGUGGUUAUAACAAGCAAAGACACUGUUCAUCACCAAGGGAUCUCCUUAACCAUGGAGGGAUCAGUAAAUCUUCAGCUCAGUGCCAAAAGCGUUGGAGUAUUUGAAGCAUUCUAUAAUUCUGUUAAACCUAUCCAGCUAAUUAGUUGCAAUGUUGAAAUUUCAAAACAGGGGAAACUGCCAAGUGGCAAAACAGAGAUCCCAUUUGAGUUUCCUCUACAAAUGAAGGGCAACAAAGUUUUGUACGAGACAUACCAUGGUGUCUUUGUCAAUAUUCAGUAUACAUUAAAGUGUGAUAUUCGCCGAUCUCUGCUGGCAAAGGAUCUUACAAAGUCAUGUGAAUUUAUCGUUCACUCACUGCCUCAAAAAGGAAAGUUAUCCCCUUCUCCCGUUGAUUUCACCAUUGCUCCAGAAACACUGCAGAAUAUCAAAGAGAGAGCCACGUUACCCAAGUUCCGUAUAAAAGGUCGUCUGAACUCAACCAACUGCGUCAUUACUCAGCCACUGACUGGUGUGCUAGUGGUAGAGAGCUCUGAAGUCCCAGUCAAAAGCAUUGAAUUGCAGUUAGUGCGUGUGGAAACAUGUGGUUGUGCAGAAGGAUAUGCACGAGAUGCUACAGAGAUACAAAACAUACAGAUAGCAGAAGGAGAUGUUUGCCGAGAAUUUCCUAUUCCGAUAUAUAUGGUAUUCCCCAGGCUGUUUACCUGUCCAACUCUGGAAACAACAAAUUUUAAAAUUGAGUUUGAAGUUAACAUUGUAAUUAUCCUUCAAGAUGAUCAUCUCAUCACAGAGAACUUCCCUCUGAAGCUAUGUAGGAACUGAGCAUUUAGAAAGACUGGAUAAUAAAUCAGAGGAGGACUGCCAAAGAGGAAGGCACAAAGAAAUACUUGGACCUGCUUCAGAAUUCCAUUUAAACACAAUGCUGCAUUCAGAGUCAUAGUUUAUGUAGUACUGAAACACAGAGUAGAAUAAUUUCAGCAAAUAUGAUUUUGUUGUGCAACUCUUACAGCAAUAUAGUGUUGACAUUUCAGCAAAGCAAUUGAAUAAACAUCAAAGUAAUAAGGAGAUGAUCUUCAGGAGUACAAGCACAGUGUUUUGUUUCAAGCAUAUGUACCUAUUAUAUAAAUGCCUAGUUUUUAAAUCACAGACUUCUUCCCAUUUGUUCUUUUUUGUAAAAUGGACAGUCUUAGGCUCAAAAUACCUUACCUGAAAUAUAUAAUUUGUAUUGUGUAUACUCACAAAAGGAGCACAAUGAAAAUUUUACUUGUGCAAUCUUAUAUGAGUAAAGAUGUCUAGCUGAA